GGACAUCCUUCGCGUCCAUGUCAGUGGGUUUCCAUGGUGAAAGUUGGGGUGUUCCGGUCUUUUAUACGGAGUACUCUCUUUUAGUACCCUUCCUUUUUUAAGGGUGUUCAUAUCUGUACGGACCCUAAAAUCGUCAUUUGACCGUUCGGAGACUGUGUUUUGGAUUUCCGCAGACGGUUGAAUUCCACCUAUCCUCAGGUUCGGAUUUGUUCGCAUAUGGAAAUCAUUAUAAUGCUGUCAAGCCAUGGCUGGAAAUGUCGACUUCAACGCCUUGAAGGCUCGUGCAAUUGAGUCCGGCCUCGACGAAGAAGCCGUGACUGUGAAUACCCGUGCUUUGAUAGACAAGGUAUUGGCCAGAUACUCGGGAGAAUGGACCGUUUUGCGGGAGCUCCUUCAAAACGCCGCGGAUGCCUCGGCCACGCAAGUUAUCAUUAAGCUAGAAACCCUUCCCUCGACCGCCGUGCCAAUCCCACCCACGGACGAUGCAGCUGCUUCCAUAAAACAUGUUAUAUCCCAUCAUACUGUCAAGAGCUUAAUUCUCAAAAAUAACGGUAUUCCUUUUAGUGCUAACGAUUGGUCUCGAUUAAAGCGGAUCGCUGAAGGAAACCCCGACGAAACAAAGAUCGGAGCCUUCGGGGUUGGCUUCUACAGUGUAUUCUCUGAGUGUGAAGAGCCAUUUGUGUCCUCAGGGAAAGAAGCCAUAGCCUUUUACUGGAAAGAAAAUGCUCUGUUCACACGUCGUCUGCAGCUUCAAGAUCAGGAUUGCUCCCCAGACACAACGUUUGUUCUGGAUUACCGUAAUACUACUUCUCCAAUACCCGCUCUUCUGCCAUUAUGCCAGUUUCUUGCGAGUAGUUUGACCUUUAUUGGUCUCCAGGCAAUCGAGCUUUGGCUAGACGGUUGGAACCUGUUGAAACUGUCCAAAAAGAUUGCACCCGGUCUUUCCGUCAACAUACCAAGGGAUGUCCAGACGAAAACUUCCGAAGGCCUGAUGAAGGUUCAAGGUGUCACACGGGAAGUUGUCCAGCUUGAUGCUAGCUGGAUGCCCGCUGUUGAAUGGAAAUCGCCUACAAAUUCCUCUAGGUUUGAAGGAACCCGAGGGGAUGAUAACACAAGUUCUCUUCGAAGCUUUUUUUCCCGUCUAACCCGAUCUGCCGGUGGAAAGCUAGCUGACAACACAGCGGACAACGGCAAGCCUUCCCAGGCCCCUAUUCCUGAAAACCUCACCUUGUUCACGUCAUCUUCGGUGUUUUUACACAUUAACACCGCGAAAAUACAAACGUCCGUUGGCCAUUCUUUUGGACAGGAAUUGCUCCGGGCAACGAAAAAGCCGGCCCCAAAGUUCACCUCCCUCGCGGUCUUAACCUCUUCAUUCGCUUCUAUGCAGCUCUCCGACGAGUCAGGGACGUCUAAUACAAAAUCAAUAUUCGCCACAGUCCUGCCCUCUAAGUCUGGCAGGGUUUAUAUUGGAUUUCCAACCCACCAAACCACUGGUAUGGGCGCUCAUAUAUCGGCCCCUUCCAUCAUCCCCACAGUUGAACGGGAGAGCAUUGACCUUAAUGCGCGCUGGGUGCGCACGUGGAAUACAGAGCUUUUGCGUGCAUCUGGCAUUGUAUGUAGGAUUGCCUGGGCGGCAGAAAUGGCUACCAUUAAAGAUCGGAUUGCCUCUCUGGCAUCACGAUCAGGGCGGACCACACCGCAGAUGGACGAUAUUGUUCCAGUAGUUCCAGAGGCUGCACAUAUAUCCAAUCAAUUUGUAUUCCACCAGUCUACCCCAGCCACUCAAGUCGCACAGGUCAUUGAAAAUUCGUUCUGGACAUGCAGCCAAAACGGAUAUCUUGAGGUGCUCUCCACUUGUGGCGUUCUUCCAACUCACAAAAUUCGUCUUGCACCAAAAGAUCUAAGCUUUAUGGACUCAAUACCUGUUAUUCCUGAUUCUCUGAUGGAUCAGUCUAAGGGGUUCAUAUCCAGAAUAAUUGACUUUGGGCUUAUUACCGACAUCACGGUCUCUGAUAUUAAAAGGGAACUCGAGUCAAAGCCUCUAAGUGCCAAACAGCUCAGUGAAUUUCUUUCCUGGCUUGUAGAGAAGGCAGUUAAUCAUGAAUUUGACCGAGCCACCAUUAACGCCUUGCUAAGUGUUGUGGUAGCAAACGACGAAUUAGACGGGGUACCUAGUGGUAUUCUGGUCCUGAGAGAUAUCUCAAGCUUUCUUAAUCCAUCUCGAAUUCCCGCAGAUCUACCGAUCCCUUCGUCGGUCAUGCCUUUUAAGUAUACCAAAAACCUUCAGGCGAAUCAGCUGAGCUCACUUGGUUGGUAUGAGCUGCAAAUAGAUUCUUGGGUCCGUUGGUUGGUUGAAAGCGAUCUGAGUUCUUCUCUACCUCUAGAGCAGUGCAUAACGCGGACACCAUCAUUCUCGGCUCGAAUUUUGCCUAUUGUCUCCAAGCAAUGGGACGGUCUAUCCCCACAAUCGAAAACGGCUAUUAGCAAUUUACUUCAGCAGCAUGCUGUUGUUCCAACCAGAUCAGGAAUGAGGAAGCCUCCCGAGGCAUAUUUUCCUUCUGUGCGCUUAUUCGAGGACCUACCCGUGGUUCAUGGGCUGAACAACGUCAAGGAAAAAUUUUUGGUGGGCCUUGGAGUCCGGAAAACUGUCGACCUUAACGUGAUUUUUGAGCGGCUUCUCGGUGCUUCCACCGACACCAAGGAGGACAAGGUGAACCGGCCACGGUGGAGUCAUGUUGAACUUAUUAAAUACCUCACUACUGUUCGCAGUGACAUACCAAAAGGCGAUAUUGCAAAGCUGAAGCAAGUGAGGUUUUGCACGGCUGAGGCGAAUGGAGCUACCGCAAUGUCCGACAAACGAUACAGAGUGUGCGAGCUUUUUGAACCCAAGCAGUCACUGAGGGAUCUAGACAUGCCCUUGUUGUACUGGCCUGGACCAUAUCCGUCUGGGAGUGCAGAAGCACAAUUUUUGACACUGCUAGGUCUCAGGAGCUAUCCUUCUGCCCCGGAGCUAGUUCAAUUGAUUGCACAAGCCGCCUCUGAGAGGAAUAUUCACUUGAGAGACAAAGCCCUGGCCUAUUUCAUCAGCACUCAUGUUAUAAAUGGGUAUGGAGAUUUUGACUAUGCAAAAGUUACUCUUCCCUUCCUUCCGCUCGAGGAUGGGACGCAUGGCGCUCCAAGCCAGUGUUUUACGGAUAGGGGAGCAUUGUUGUUCGGUUUUAAACUGCUCAGGAGAGACCUCGAAGCUCACGCCUCAAAAUUUGGGGUGAAACAGCAUCCUCCAAUUAAUGACUGUUUGAACAUCUUGGUUCGAGAGCCUCCUAAGUCGGCAAGCCAGGCCAAAGAGCUUUUCCAAUAUUUUGCCAAGCGCCUUGCUGAAAUCAACUCUUCCACCGCAGACCGCAUCGGUCGAGCUGCAAUUGUUCCCACAAACCGCGGCCCCCAGCCUGGUCGAGGCCAUACUGAAAAGAAAUCUGCCAAUCUGAUUCACAUUGCGCCACAAGAUUGUUACCUCGGUGGCAGCGAGGAUUAUAUGGAUAUCUUUGACUUCGUGGAUUUUGGCGCCGAGGCUAACCUGUUUCUCCUUGCCUGUGGGUCGAAGAGAGAGCCUACAACGGUUGAACUGGCUAGCAUGCUUGUAAAAGACUACGCUAGAAUUGUCGAUAAACUGCAGAACCCGGAAAAGUACCUGAAAUUAUUGCGGAGCAUUGCUGACAAUAUGGAUCAAAUCAAGAGGGAUCGAAACCUCAUUAGAGACAUGAAAAAAGUGAACUUUUUAUUAGCAAGCAGGGAAUUGCCAUCCAAAACAAAAAGUGAAGGAAUUGACGACGCUCACGAGGAAGAGGAAGCUCUAGUCAGAGAGUGGCAGUUGGUCAAGGCAGCGGAUGCUGUCAUUGUCGAUGACUAUGCGAGCUUUAGUUUAUUCAAGGAGAGUGUACUCGCGGCGCCGCAGGAGGAGGCUUUAGAAGACAUGUAUGUUCAACUUGGAGCCCCAAAUUUGGGCAGCAUUGUUGUGGAAGAUGUUCGCUGUGGUUAUGCUGCUCCGGACCAACGCAAUGCGAUCAAGUUGCAGAAACAGAUACAUGAGCGAGCACGGCUUUUCUUACACGACCUUCCCAAAGAAGUAAUAAAACACGACGCAAAGUGGCUUGAAAAUCAUUUAACAGUUCAAGUUGUGCAAUCUAUAUCAUUGCGACGUUCGCUACGUGGGCGGAACACUGGCCAUGUCGAGAAACGAAGCGCAGUGGUAUCAAGAAGACAGAAUAACUCUAACCCUAUUCUCUGCAUCUCCCCGGGUGACAUCAAUUUCUAUCAGGUUAGCCAGGCCUUGGUCCAUGAGAUCUUGUUGAGGCCCAAAUUGCAUUCCACACUUACUCUCGAAAUGUUGUUAAAAACCGAUCUGCUUGAGCUUCGUGUCAGAGGCUACAACGUGGAAAGAAUCCUCCGACAGAAGGCUGCAGCCGCAAAAAUGGCGGAAAGUCAGCGACAGAUGCAAGUAGAAGAAGAUCGCAGACGGCUCGAGCAAGUUGAACAGGAGAGACAACGCAGACAAGAGCAGGAACUCAAUGAGAAUGAGAACCUCCAUCCAAUGCCUGGUGUCUUCCCUGACUUCAUUCCGAAUUUCCGGCCGAACCGGGGUGCCGACUCAUCACUGACGUCUUCUAAUAAUGACGGAGGUAUGGCAGGCUUCAUCUCAGGUCUCGGUCGCCGUUUUGGUUUGGAUGAGCUCCUUCGAGGUGGCAAUUCCGCUCCCACAGACCGAGGUUCCACCCCCAGUACACCUCCACCCCCUUAUACGCCUCAGCAGGAGAAUAAUCCAGAUAAUCCUGGGCCUCAUUCUGGAAUUUCACCUAGUAUACUGCGGCAGAACUUAACCACUGCCAUUACGCGCUGCCGUCCCCAUGGUCACUCGGCAAUUCAGAGUACGAGGCAAGUGACCCAAAUAUCAGAUGCGAAAUCAUAUUGCGAUGAACAACCUGGCCAUGACUUGGUUCAGGUUGCCAAUAUCGCUGACACCACUCUUCGAUUCUUCUUACCCCGAUCCUCCGAACAGCUCUCCACCUUCUACAAGACACAUGAAGCUGCUCUAAUUCAUUUUGCCUCAAUUCUGAUGGACUGUGCUAGCAUUUUUGGGCUUCGAAAGGAUAGCAUCAGUGUUUUUUGCGAACCGAAUGGCAAGACCAUCGCUUUUAACCACCAAGGAAGCAUCUUUUGCAACUUCCACUACUUCCAAAAUUUACAUUUGGCCAAAGUAACAGAAGGCAGUCGAGCUGACACGUUGGUGUAUUGGUGGACAAUAUUUUGUCACGAACUAGCUCAUAAUAUUGUGGAACUUCACAAUUCUGAGCACAGUUACUAUACGUAA